CAAUGGCCCGGCGCAUUGUGGGGCUCGUCACUGGCGGCGGCCCGCCGGGGGCUGUAGUUCUGGGCGGGAGCCGAGCGGAAGCCAUCGGGGCCCUUCCUCAGUCGCCGCUGUGUUGCAUGCGGGGCUGCGGCGGGAAGAGCGGCGCCGGAGGGAGCGCAGCGUGGGCCGAGUAAGCGAGCACUCGGCGCCGGUCCAGCGGUGCCCUGCCGCCUCACGGGCGAGCGGCGCGCUCCGUGCCUCACACCCCUGCAGGGGUUAAUCGUCCCUCCUCUCGCCCCGGCCGGGCCAUUCCCCGCCGGGCCGCGGCACCACCCGGGCUGGAAGGUGAUGGGUGAACUGAGAAGCUGGUGAAGCUUACAUGAAAUACUUCUACUGAUCAGUAGCCCAGGUGAAAUAGGCAUGUCCUAAGAUGGCAGUAGAUCUGGAGUAUGAACCAGCCUACAGAAGUGAGUCGAUGCCGGAUUUGUGAGCCUCUGUGCCUUGAUGGCUCUCACUUACGCUGUCUCUAAACCAAAGCCAUCUUUUUACCAAAGCAGUAAAGGAAUGGUGCACAGCUUGAUUACAGAAUGUUCUUUCCAAGGAAGUGAACUGUGAAGGAAAGACUCAUGAGUUUUGAUCCCAGGGGCUUGGAGAGCGUCCCUGAUGGCUGCUCCAAUGAGGACCUUCCUGAGGUGGAGUUGGUGAGCAUGCUGGAAGAACAGUUGCCAGAUUACCAGUUACGAGUGGACUCUCUGUACCUGUAUGAAAAUCCAGACUGGAUUCAGCCCAUGGCUUGCCAUGGCCGGCUGCCGGAGAUGGCUGCUCCAGCUCGUGAGGAGGACUCCUUCCGUUACAUGAUUCUUGGCACAGAUAAUGUGGAGCAGAAAGACUGCGGUGAAGCUGACAUGGUCAAACAUCUGUUAGCUGAGAAGGAUCGGGACCUGGAACUGGCAGCGCGAAUUGGACAAGCCCUCCUUAAGCGAAAUCAUCUGUUGAUGGAGCAGAAUGAAGCACUGGAAGAACAGUUAGGACAAACUCUAGACAGAGUUAACCAGCUGCAGCAUGAGCUGUCAAAGAAGGAUGACCUGCUACGUAUUGUUUCCAUCGCUUCUGAGGAGAGUGAGACGGAUUCCAGCUGUUCCACACCACUGCGCUUCAACGAGUCUUUCACUGUCUCCCACGAUCCAUUGCAGCUGGAUGUCUUGCAGGAUAAACUAAGAGAGCUGGAGGAAGAGAACCUGGCUCUGCGAUCCAAGGCUUGCCAUCUGAAGUCAGAAACCAUUACAUACGAAGAGAAGGAACAGCAGCUGGUCAAUGACUGUGUCAAAGAACUCCGGCAAACAAAUGCUCAGAUUUCCAGGAUAACAGAGGAGUUGUCAGAGAAGAGUGAGGAGGUAAUUCGCUACCAGGAAGAGAUCUCAUCCCUUUUGUCCCAGAUUGUUGAUCUUCAGCAUAAACUCAAAGAGAAUAUGAUUGAGAAGGAGGAGCUGAAACUUCACUUACAAGCCUCCAAAGAUGCUCAGAGACAACUGACAGCAGAGCUCCAUGAGUUUCAAGACCGGAAUGCAGAGUGUCUGGGGAUGUUGCACGAGUCCCAGGAAGAAGUGAAGUUGCUGCGCAGUAGAGCCAGCUCUGUCGCUUGUCUCUGCCACCCGCAGUCUCGUGGAGCAUUUCCUGUGGAUUCCCUUGCAGCAGAAAUUGAAGGGACAAUGCGGAAGGAAUUGAGUCAGGCUGAUGAAUCUGUUCUCUCCAAGCAAAAGGUUCAACAGAAGCGAGUGUUUGACACUGUCAAGGUUGCUAAUGUCAUCCGUGGCCGCUCCUCUUCCUUUCCUGCGCCGUUGCCAAUCCCUGGAUCAAAUCGCUCGAGUGCUGUUAUGACAGCAAAGCCCUUCCAGUCUGGCGUGCACCACUUGGAGUGCCACACACAGAUGGCCCCAGGGAGCAGCUCUGAGAAGAAUUUGAAAGACACUCACAGUUCUGGCCAGCCGGGAACCCCUGGAGACAAUGACCUGGUCACAGCUCUGCACAGGCUCUCUCUGCGUCGUCAGAACUACCUGAGUGAGAAGCAGUUCUUUGAGGAGGAGUGGGACCGAAAAAUGUAUUUGCUGGCUGAGCAGAAAGAUGAGGCUAGUAGCUGCAGUACACCAACAGAAAGCUCUUUUUCCCCAAGUACAAACUCAGAAUUCACGGAUCUCUCUGCCAGCUCUAGUAAUCUCCGCGUUCUCCUACCAGAGAAGUUGCAAAUUGUCAAACCCAUUGAAGGAUCUCAGACCCUUUUUCAUUGGCAGCAGCUUGCUCGACCCAACCUCGGCACCAUUCUUGACCCAAGACCAGGUGUUGUUACUAAAGGCUUUACCCCUCUGUCUGAUGAUACUGUGCACCACAUCUCUGACCUGGAGGAAGAUGAUGAGGAAGAGGGUGAAGGAGGUAUAACAUUUCAAGCACAACAGUCCUUCCCAGAGGAAAAGAAAUGUGCAUUGUCAAAGCCAGCAGCAGGCAUUUUCGUGCCACCUAUUACUUCAGCAGCAGUACCACUCACUGCCUCAAAUCCAGGGAAGUGUCUAUCUUCAACAAAUUCCACAUUUACCUUCACUACCUGUAGGAUCCUUCACCCAUCUGAUGUCACUCAAGUAACUCCCAGUUCCAUGGGUGCUCUAUUUUCACUGGGGAAUACUGGCAGUAGUACUGGAAACCCAGUAGUGAGCACUCCAUCAGCUCUUCCUUACAGACUAAGUACUGGAGAAUUUGUUACCAACAGAAGAGACUCAACUACUACUUUCAGCAGCACAAGCAGCCUGGCUAAACUUUUGCAAGAACGAGGCAUCUCUGCCAAGGUUUAUGACAGCCCCAUGUUAGAAAAACUGCCUUUGCUGCAACCCCCUCGAACUCUUCCCAUUCCUUCUACUCCACCAAAUUCUCCUUCGCGUUCACCUUGUCCUUCCCCUCCACUGUUUGAGCCUCGAGUGCAUCACUCAGACAAUUUCCUGGCUUCUCGACCAGCAGAAACGUUUUUGCAGGAAAUGUAUGGCCUAAAGCCCUCCCGUAACGUCCCAGACAUAGGCCAGCUGAAGAUGAGCCUCGUGGACAGACUGAAGAGGCUGGGCAUUGCCAGGGUGAUCAAGCCCCCUGAAACACAGGACCAUGGCAAGAAUCAGGGGCCAGAGGUUGGCUUGCAGAGGCAGGACUCAACUGGGUUCUUAAAUGCAGGGAAAAGGAGUAACCACUUCAAACUUGCACAGGGAUUCUUGUCUGUCAGCAGCGCACAGAAAUAUUCCAGAACUCCUGGAGCUGCCUUUUGCUCUCUAAGCAAAAUCUUACACUUACAAAAGGAAUACCUGAGUUACAGAUAAAUUUUUGAAGGUACUACACCGUGUUUCUAACUGGCUUCAUAAGAUAACUCCAGCCACUGGAUCAGCAGAGUAGCAAAUCUGCUAAGGCAGAAUUCCUUUGGCAGACUGUGGUUCAGGUAAAACUAAUCUACAAGCAUAUAAAUGAAAUGCAUGUUUCUCUUGGGGACACUUCCCUAUUCCAUAGCCCAGCAAUAUAAACUGGCUCAGUUCAAACAAUGCUGUGGAUGUUGAGAGGUUGGUUUGUUCUGUAGCUGAGGUGUAUCAUCAGAUACUUUACAUAAGGCAAAAAGAAAAUGGAAGAACCUCUAUACCAUGGUGUUUGUGUGUGUUUACCCAGUUGGUUGAUGCUGUGGUGCAGUGUUCUGUCAUGCAUUUAUGCCUUUAAAUAGUCAUGCACAGUUUAGCUAUACAUGCCUGGCUUGCAGUAACAGCGAAAAUUGAUACUUCUUUCAAGUUUACCAUUUUGUACCAAAACCUAGAAGAUAAACCCUUUUUUAAUAUGUGUUUCUGAGAACAUUUUAGAAGUUACCAUGAUUCUAGGAAUGAUUUGGCUUUUGUUGUUUCCCAUAAGAGAGGUGACAAACUUGCAUGGCUGACAUCCUGCACCAGAUCUUUUGAGUAGAGGUAGACCUAGAAGGAAUGGAGAAUUACAUUUUGGCAGGGUUCUGUUACCUUGCAGGUUUGAGUCAAACAUGGAUGCUAGAAAGGACUUACCCAUGCCUGUGCAAGAUACAAGAGACAGAAGGGAAUUCUUGUAUUUACCAUAUUCCAACUGUCUUAAAGCACAAACUUAAAGCUUUCUAGUUUCACUGUUUGUUUUUGAUAAAUUCAGUGAUACCUGCAUGCUCAAAAUACCUGUGAUCAAAGUUAAACAUCUACUGCAGUCGAAUAGCAACAGAGAGGGAAGGAAAGUAAUUGUAUUUGGGCUUCAUUUGGCUGUUACAUGAGGGGAUUACAGUGUUUGAAUAGUCUGGGAUUUUCAUGGUAUUUUUUUCCAUCUGCUUUUUGCACUUACUGUUGUUUCAUAGUGGAAUGUAAAUUUGAUAAUAAACAUGUAUAACAUGUCAUUUUUCAGUA